GGCAGAGCUUCGGCAGAACCUCGCGCAGAACUUCGCGUCGCGCGAGCCCCGCUUACGAGACCGCUAAAAAUAUUUUGCUCCCCGUUUCCAAAAGCCCUGGUCUCCGAUGUGACUGCAGCCGAAAACAUCCUAGCCCCCACCGCAAGGCAGCUCCGCGGUGGAUCCUCUACGACCCGGUUCACGAGGCCCAGGUCAUCCAACGUCUGCUGUACUGGACUGCCAAUGGGACACUGAGUGGUCUGCGAGAGUGUUUGGGUGCUGCAGGUGUGUCUUCCGGUGUGAAAGUCGUGCGGUCUAUCGAAUCGUAUACUUCAGUGUGCAUCGCGAGCUUCGUCGCUGAUGCAGUGAGAACGCAAAGUUGUCCUCCAGGAAGUGGUUGCUGAUGCGCGUCGUUUGGUGAUGAUGGUGCAUCAGUUGCACGCUCCAUGUUCGAUCUAGUAUUGUUCAACGCCCGAUGACGUGAUCAAGAUUGCAGCAUGCAAGCACCAGAGGCACGCAGCUCCUGAGGUUCCUAUUAGGACCCGAGGCUCGCCGCAUAUCACGUUGGCAAGAGACAACUCUCCGGUUAUAUCAGUUUCUCGACCAAGAACAUCCGAGACAAUCCACUGCGCGAGGAAAACUUUGCUCGCGCGAAGGUCACGGACUCGUGAAUCACUGUAUUUUGCUGCGUGAGCGUUGCGUCAAGAGAAACGCAGCUCAGAACCUACUCUGUGCACCUGCAAGAAGAGCAGCUGUUGAGAGAGCGAUGUUGGAUUGUACCGAAGAGAAAAGUAUGUCACUCUUCUUGAGUCUGACCACCUGGUGAAGCGCAAGCGGUUCUUUUCCCGAACUUGGCGCCGCUGGUCGUGGAAAAGCAUUGCCGUCAAGAGGACACCUCAAGGUGUCCUUGUCCUUAGAGGUACUACACGGGUACUUUAGUGAACGAACACGCUGAGAUUUCUGUCUUCGAGAAUCGUCUUUUCGCCGAUUUUCAAGCAUCAUGCUCAAGACAACCUUCUGACUAGUGAAGCUCACGAGACUCAAACCCUCUGUACGAUCGCGUCACGUCUUUUCCUUUUUGCGCAUUGGCACAAUGACAGAAACUGACGGGAGCCAGCAGAAGAAACCUUACUCCAAGGGCAACGCGCGAGACAUCAAUUAUAUUUCCCGCUUCAUCGGUUCGCCCAGGAUUCCACAUGUGCACGUUUUCCAGGCCGAUACCCAGCACAGCUGUUUGCGACUAUGAGGUUUAAGUGACGUUCUGCUUGUGUGACGUUUAUCUGCCCACCAUUUGGGUUGGCGCCGUUUACGCCGUCAAACGACGAAAAACAGCCUUCCAACGUUAUACUGGGUUUGUUGCGUACUUUUUUUGCUGGAUCGUUCUUUUUUUGAUUGAAUUCCGGGUGGUGACGUCCAAGUGUGACUUCAGGGAUUACGGCGUGCAAGAAAGAAGUGAAAAGCAACCAUGAUUCCCCGCACGGCAAUAACGAUGAGCAAGAAAGAAGUGCUGGCACUUCUGGUGGUGUUUGUGGUGUACGUUGUCCUCGGCGGAGCCGUCUUCAUGGCGCUCGAGGGACCGACGGAAGAAGAGCUACGACUCGAGAUAACCGAGAUCAGGAGGAACUUCCACGAGAAGUUGUCGGUGAUUAGUCAUCCGAACCUGAGCAGUGCCGAGAUAACGGAGAUCAUCUUUAGGCUAGCGGAUGCUCGCAGCAAGAACCUCUUGGACGAAGAAGGCCGGGAUACCCACAUCAACUGGAACUUCUACAAUUCUUUCUUUUUCGCCAUCACUGUCGUCACUACCAUUGGGUACGGCCAUCUGGCCCCAUCCACCGUAUGGGGCCGCAUCUUCUGCGUGCUGUACGCCGUCGUGGGCGUCCCCAUGACGGGCAUCCUAUUGGCGGCCAUCGGCGACCACUUCUCCCGAGGCCUGGAGAGUGCCAGGAGACGCAACCGACAGCGGUCUGCUCUGGGAAAUCCCCACGUGAACGGUGGCAACUGGGGUGGGAACAGUGGUUCGCGUCUAGCCCUAGCGGGCAGUGCAGCGGCGUUCUUGCUGCCGUGGUUGGUGGUGUUUCUCUUGCUACCAGCGGCAGUGUUCAAGUUCAUCGAGGACUGGACUUAUCUCGAAGGACUUUACUACUGCUUCAUCACGCUGGCCACUAUCGGCUUCGGUGACUACGUUGCUGGCAACUUCGACGGCGACUACAUCUGGAUCUACAAGACUGGCGUCGUGCUGUGGAUCAUCUUCGGCCUGGGCUAUCUGGCCAUGAUUUUAAACUACAUUUCGAGGGCGAUGCGUUGCAAGCAGAUACGUCGGAUGGAGAACAGGCUCUCCACCAGCUUCCACAACACGCAGCAGAGGUUCGGUCAGCGACUGGACGAGAUUCAAAAGAUCCUACAGGACUUUUCCACAAAGCAGAAAUCGCACAAGCGGUCCAUCUGGAGGAACAAAAACGGCAAACAAGUUCCCAAGGACAUGAGCACCGAAAGCCUGCCCGUGCACGACAAGAACCACAACCGCGACGACCAAAUACAACGCCUGUUGACCCUCGUCGAGACCCUCAAGCGGGAGAGCACUCAGAACUUGAGCAGAACACGGCAACUCAUCGAGGAACACAACAGACGACUCUACGAAAUGCCAUACGUGCGCGAAGACUCCUGCUCCAGUGGCGGCCUCCCUCGGGGAGAAGCCGCACCUUCUAGGCGUCAUAGCCUCCCUGUUCUGCUGACUGACAGUGAACCGAGCACUCCGAACUACCUCCAAGUGAACAUGUGUCCGGCUCCCGCAAGGAGAAGUCACAUUGAGAUCCCAAACAAUUUUUAUAGUCCCCGCGCAUCAAUUCCAAUGUAUACUGGCGGCAGGUAUCAUGAAAUGGAUGCCUGCGACGACGUCUACGACGUCGAGAUCGCGAUAACGCGGCCGAUCGUCACGUUUGAUUUGGAUAGCAUGGACAGCACGACGAUAUGACAGUGGACUGUCACAAAUAACGGUUACCCUUGAUGGUUCGUCUGGGCCCUGAAGUCAUUCCAAGUCGGAAAAGAUGAAAAGUCGAGUGUCGUCUGCGAGCGACGAAGGCGUCGUCUGCUAGUUAUUUCGGAAUCACGAGCCAAUUGAGCUUCAGACCCGUGAUAGAUAAAAUCGGCCGGGCUGCGAGGCGUCUGUUACGAAUGUCGAGUGACUUCUUGUACGAAGCCGAGUGAAGUGCUGGAGUUCUGCACGAGCCGUGUGGUAUUUUACUCCACGCUGCGCUCGCAAAAAGCAUAUCCUUCACAUUGUACAGUUCCAUUACAGGUUAAUGUACAGGACAGAAGCCUGACAUUAUAAGCAUUCAUCUGUAAAUACGUCACUCUCACACCCACACCUUGUACUUUCUCAAUUAUAUUCAAAGCAGCACACAAAAAUAGGUUACCAGUAACGGAUUCUUUUUUUGUAAUUAAAAUAAACGCGCCCACGACCGUUAAGGCGCAAGACAUUACCGCGGGCCACUUUUCCUAGCACAGAUCAAGAAACGCUACAUACCCCCAUCGAGAACAGCUCGCAGAUGCGUCGUCAAGUCUCAGGGUUGUACAAACAAUGUGGUCACACUUGUUGUCUUCACACCUCCUGUGCCCAGAAGAUAUGACUGCGAUAUACAGUGACUGUGUACAAUACGUCCGAGAUUUAGACCAUUAUUUUAGUACCGCAUUUGUACAUACGUCCAAAUCAUGAUUGCACAUUGCGUUACAUUCACACCGAGUGCCUGGAAAUAUAUAUAUAUAUAUACACACCUGUGUGCGAUUCUCAACACUGCCCUCCAUUGCGUCCUUUUAGUUAGCACAGAGUGGGGCAGAAACAACCGUUGCCAAGUAGUGCCAAACAUCAAGGAAUGUUUUCCUUUUUCUUAAAAAACAAGAGGAAGAUGCCCCAUUUACUUUGCCACCUUGCGGACUGUUGAUUACGCUCUGUCCUUUUUAACAUUUUUUGUGAGUGUCACACGGAGGAGACAGCGAUCUCACUUUGUUAUGAAGGACCACUUUCUUUUUGGAUCGUGACAUUUUUGUAAAAAUAAACAUGUUUGACCUGUU